AUGUAUUUUAAUAAAAAUGGAUUAGUUUUAAUAUUAUCUUUUGAAGAUCUUUCCAUAAAAGUUUGGGAUAUAUCCAAAAAAAUUCAUGGAUCGAAAACUUGUUGUCAUUAAGCUCAAAUUACUUGUCUAGGCUUAUCUAAAGAUAAUAAAGUUAUAGUUUCAACUUCUUAAGAUAAAUAAAUUAAGAUUUGGAAGAUGGAAAAUAUGGUUGAAGAUAACUUUUUUGAUGAUAUUAAUCGAUUGAAGCAAAACUUAAAUCAUCAAAAGAAAUAUAUCCAAGAAACUUUUGAUAAGCUCGAUUUUAGCAGUUUCAAUAAGAAUUGUAUUUCACUUUAACAUGAGGCAAAUAAUAUCAAUGAUAUAGAAUAGGCAAGAUUACUAUAGGAAACAAUUUUUGAGAGAGCAGAAGAGAACUAUCAUAAUUUAUCUGAACUACGAAGAGUUGAGAUGAGUGCUACAUUAAGAGCAUAAAAAACCUUAAAAGAUGAAAUCACCAAGGCAGGAGAGGAAAUCAAAUAAUUAUUAAAAGAGAGUGAUUAACAAAUUUAAACAAUCAAUUAAAGGAUGAUCGAGAAAGCUAGGUGCUGUUCUAUGGCAGCAGAUUAACUAUCAGAAAUAUUUACAAAAAAAUUAAGAGAACUUUAAGAAUUAAAAAAGACAUUAACUGAUGAAUAUGAAACAAGAAUUGAAUAAAAAUAAUAAAAUUCAGAAAUUAAAGUUAAUUCAUAAAAUUAAAUUACCAUAACUGAAAUAUUUUGUCUUAGUAAAACUCCAUAAAAUUCAAAAUUUAUAGGAACAAUUUUUACAAAUUCCUAUAUUAAAAAUAAGACUAACCAUAAUUUGUUCAAACUUUGGUAAUAGUCACAAGAAAAUUGUGAUAAACAUUGA